CGACAUCCGAGGAAGACAGUUUGCUAUUUUCUGAGUUAUGUUAUAUGUUAUUUUGAAAAUAAAUAAAUAAAUAACUCGUAUAAUACGAUUCAGAUAUUUAAGAUAAAUAAUUGCUUGCCAGUUAUUUCGAAUGAUCUUCAAAUGACGUUAACAGUAUAGCGGAACGAAUAAUUAAUUGAUGCACGGAGCUAGAAUUUCGUUGGACCGGAACCGGAUGUGCCGUGUGUUUUUUAAUGGUAUAUUUUGAACUGAGCUGCGAGGAAAAAAAAACUAAAAGCGAAAAGACAUUAUUUUACUUUCAUCUUUCACCUUUUUAUCAUUGCUUUUUAUCGUACGUGAUCAUUUUGCUUUUUCUGUGGAAUAACUUGACGAGAGACGAAGCAUUUCUGUAAGAAACUCUGCUUUUCCUGUUAUCGUCUGUUAGCGACUGAGCUUCGACAUUUAGACGCUAUUAGUAGAAACUACUGUGGGAUGAUGUUACAGACCUCCAGUCUUUGAACGCCUGGGUGACAUUUCAGCAGAGAAAACAGAAGAUUUAACAGUUUACCAACAUAUACACCAUGAAUCCGUCUAAUCCGUUCGGCAGCCCGCAGGGAGGAGCUUUCCAAGCCCCGGUCAGCUCCAUGAAGACGGGUUUGUUCCAGUCGUUUGCACAGCAGGGCUCCAACACACAGCCACAAAACAUGGCUUUUUUUCAGCCUUCUGCAUUUGGACAGCCGUCUGUCAUGAAUCAGCCCCAAGUCCAAGGAAACACCAUGUUCGGACAAACCCCAGCCUUCGGACAAACCUCUGCUCAGCCUCCAUCGCAGCCUGCCAUGAGCCAGACUCCAGCAUUUGGACAAUCCUCAUUGGGAAUGGGUAGCUCAAGUUUUGGUAGCAGCACAACGUCAGCUUUUGGACAAACUAGUGGACAAAGUCAGAGUUCAGUCUUUGGGAAGACCCCUGCUUUUGGGCAGUCCUCUGCAUUUGGGACGGUUUCAGGAUUUGGUAAACAGCCACCUGCGUUUGGUCAACAGUCUUCUGGGUUUGGGAGCUCCCAUGUGUCGGCUGGUUCUACAUCUAGCUUAGUGCAGCCUCAGACACUUGGUUUUGGGCCGUCAGCGUUUGGGCAGCCAUCCUCCACCAGCAGCUCUAGUACUUUAUUUGCUGCAGCUCAGAACGUGACUCAGAGCAGAGGAUUUGGAUCGACUGAGUUCAGUUUCAAGCCAGCUAAUGAGGCUCUUUUCAAACCCAUCUUUAGUGCCAGCCCAGAGCCGGCAAACCCCCAAACCACCUCAAUGUCUAGCUCAUCUUUUGGUGGCAGUGCGUCCGAUACGAGCUCCAGCACCACCACUGCCUUCUCUGUGUUGACUGCAGCUAAGUCUGGGUCACUAGGCUUCAGCUUCUCACAGCCAGCUGUAGCUCCUUCUAUUUCUGGUCAAAACAAUCCACCAAGAACUGGUAACAGUAGUGGUGGAACCAGCACUCCUCUAUUCACUUUUUCCCAGCCAGCUGCCCCUUCCAGUUCCACCACCACAGCUUCUGCAACAGAACCCACAACUCCUUCCUCCUUUAGCUUUUCAACCAAAACCGUCCAGGGUCAGCCAACACAGCUUUUGGGUGGAGCCAAUUUCGGUCAGCACUCGGGGUUUGUCGACACCAAAGCGAAAACAGAAUCUAACACAGAUAACAAAGAGAGCAGCCCUGCAGUCCAAGCAGAUUCAAAUAUAUUUGGUCAAUUUAGCAAAGGAACAAAGCGCAAGGAUGACCCGCCAAUCUCUGGCUCAGGAUUGGAGCAGCCAGCUGCUGGGGAGGAAUCUAUACCUGACGCAGAUUCACUAAGACAUCCUUCAAAGAGGCCGCUAAUCAGGUCCCGUGGCCCAGGAGGCUUGUUUGGCAGGGCUAUAAGCCAUAUUCGUAAAGAUCAUGUUAACCCAGUGAAGCGAGAGGCCACGAACGAGACUCAGAAACAGGUAGCAAAGUGGGAGGACAAGAAAGAAGCUCAGAGUGAUGACGUGCCUGCCACACCACCAACUGUGCAGACGCUGACCAGAGAUGUGCAGGAGAAAAACGAGAUGUCUGACCCAGCUACCACUCCAGACCCAAAGACUCAGGUGUUGACCCCCAAAACCCAUGGCCGACGCAGCGACAGUUUGGAUAGCCUGAGUGGCCUGUCUCCUAAUGACUCCACCACCAUCCUGUGCAGGAAUGUGCCUCAUGUCCUCAACAAAAAAGAUGUGAUCGAGAAGCAUUUUUCACGUUUUGGCAAAGUCCAUAAAGUCUUCUGCCGGCCUGCGAAGGAAACGGCCAUAGUACACUUUGGUGAUCACGCCGCAGCAGCAAAAGCGAAGAAGAAAGGGAAAAUGCUGUAUCAAAAAGAGCUGUUACUCUUUUGGCAAAAAAAGAAGCAGAGUCCAGGGGACAAAGAGAGGAGACCUGCAGCACAAAUGGAGGAGGCAGAGGGACAAAGUAAGGAAGUCACGGAAUCUAAGCCUGCUUCCUCCCCACACAGAAGACCUGCUCUCAGGCCUGCUACUCUUGGCAGCUCGCUCACCUUCACCCACGGCUCUCCAGUGAGAAAACCAUCUCCAGUCAAGCAACUGCAAUUUGACACUGAGCCGCAGAAGGAGAGCAGCACAGAGAGCCAGAGCUCUGAGCGCCCUGUACCCUCCUCUCUCCUCGUUCUCAUCGGCCAGAUGGCUGAGACAACAGAGGACAAGUACCGCCUCUUGGAGCAGAGAGACAAGAUCCUCCGUCAAGGUCGACUCAAGCGGACAGACCUGGACAUGUCUAAGGUUUUUGUGGGGACAUGUCCUGACAUGUGUCCAGAGAAGGAAAGAUACAUGAGGGAAACGCGGAAUCAGCUGAGCAUAUUCGAGGUCAUCCCGGACACGGAGAUGGUGGAUCAUGCUUCAACCAUCAAAGAGUACAGCCGCUCGUCAGCUGACCAAGAGGAGCCUCUGCCCCACGAUCUGCGCCCGCUGCCUGUGCUCAGCAUGACCAUGGACUACUUGGUGAUUCAGAUCAUGGACCAGGUUCAAGACAAUUACCGGGACUGGUAUGAUUUUGUGUGGAACAGGACCCGCGGCAUCCGAAAGGACAUCACGCAGCAGCGCCUGUGCUGCCCCCAGACGGUUUCACUGAUUGAGAAGUGCACACGCUUCCACGUGCACUGUGCUCACCACCUCUGUGAAGAGCGUUUGUCAUCUUUCGAUGCAAAAAUCAACAAUGAGAACAUGACGAAGUGCCUGCAGAGUCUCAAAGAAAUGUAUGAGGACCUGGAUUUGCAGCAGACCUUUUGCCCCUGUGAGGCCGAGUUCCGGCAGUACAGCGUGCUGCUGAAGCUCAACGACGGCGACAUCCUACGUGAGGUGCAGCAGUUCCGCGAUGACGUGCGCAACUCCCCUCAGGUGAAGUUUGCUGUUCAAGCGUUUGCUGCAGUCAGCAGCAACAACUUUGUGCGUUUCUUCAAGCUGGUGAAAAGAGCUUCUUAUCUGGCCAGCUGCCUCCUGCACCGGUACUUCAAUCAGGUCCGAGCUAAAGCACUCAAGACCCUGAACUUGGCUCACACUGUGGGUCCACGUUCAACUCCGUUCCCCAUUGAGGACGUGGUUCGGAUGUUAAUGUUUCCCAAUACUGAAGAAGCAACUGACUUCAUCCAGCAACAUGGUCUCAACAUCAGUGACGGUAUAGUGGAGUUGAGUCGGACAGCUUUUCAGGAGCCAGAUCUCUCUCUGUCUAACAAGAAGUCAGAGGUGAUCCUUGCAAAGAAAACAAUGCUGAUUGGGCAGCUGGUGAACGGAGGCCCUCUCCCCAACCCCCCCCAGCACAUCCCCGUCUGCAGCUUUGACUCCCAGAACAAGUACCGUGGAGAAGGCCCACUGGCUGAGCCUUCCUCAAACGUCAUGAAAGCAAUGCCUGAAAUUGUGGAUUUUACUACACCACCAAGCAUCGAUCAGCCGCCUCCAUACGCCCAGGCCAAGGCUUUGGAUGUUCCUGUUUCUUUUGGGUUGCCUCAAGCUGUUGCAGAUGAGCCAGGACAGCCCAGUGAGUCGUAUCACCCUCAGGCCCAAAUAGCUGACUCCCACCAGCUGUUCCAGCCAGUUUUCAAACCCGAGUCUGUGAAACCACCAUCACCUCCGCCUAAACCUCAGCCCGUGUACAGUGAUGAGGACCUCAUGGCUGAGCUAAAUGGUGUGAUAGAAGAGGUGGUUGAAGAAGGAGUGAGGGAGAUAGCUGAUGCUGGCUCCAGCUAUGCUACAGCUGCCCUUGCGGAGAGCAGCGUGCAAGCGGAGUCACUGGUGACUCAAGUGUUGAGACAGAUGUUGCAUGAGAUAACCACUGCAGAGGUCAAGCUGGAACAGGAGCGCAUUGCAGAAGAGAAGCGCAAGCUUGAAGAGGCGAGAAGGAGAGAAGAGCACAAGGCUUUCUUGGUUCAGUUCAGCUUCUCUCUCUGCACAGAGAUCAUCCAUGAAGUGUUAGAUGAGACCAUAAAGGACACUGCCACCUCUGAGAUCCAGGAAGCAGUGAAUGAGAAAGCAGAAUGUGUAGCUAAAUGCUCAGAGCUGGUCUGCAACAGUCUAAUUGAGGAGACUUUGAAUGCUGGCAUCACUCUGCUGGUCAGCGACAUCCUUCAAACUGAGUUGCAACGGAUCCAUAAGUACAUCAAGAGGUGGCGUGACGUGGUAGCAGUUCGUCGUCAGCUGAAGAGACAGAUGAGAGGGUUUCCAGCUGCUCCUUGCUGCGUUGACCCUCGCUUCAAACUGAAUGCUCUGACCCCCAGCGCCCCUACGCAACCCUGCUUAGCAGAUUUGGCCCGUGGCCUGGUCAACCUGGGAAACGCCGGCACGUUAGCCGUGUCCAGCACCAGGUUGUUGAAAAUGAGACAAAGAGCAAUUCACCAGAUGAAAGUCCACCACUACUAUCAGCAGCUGCUUGAGGAGACUGCGUGGAAGCCACUCAACCUGCCGGCGCUGGUGACAGAAAAUAUCCCCGAUCCACAGGAACGAAUCUUUUGGAAAGCUCUCCUCCUCCUACCUGGUGAUGAUGAAAGUGUAACCAGCAUGGCAGACAGGAUACUGUCAGACUGGCUUGAAGUGAAAUUUGGUGGUAACAAGGAGCCAGAGGAGCGGCAGGACUCCACCCUGCAGACACUCUGCAUCACCAGUACACUGGUGGAGAGAGGACACCAUGUUCAUAAAGUUCACAUUACUGUCAAGGCGUCCCGAGGCCCCCUGACUGAAGACGGUCUGCUCAAAGUGGAGGAGUGUAGCGAGCUUCAGGGGACAGGAGCCCUCGUCCUGUUGCUCCCCGCUCUGUCCUUCGUGGAGCCGGGGCCUGAGGAGCAGGAUGUUCCUCUGCUGUCAGCCCUGCUUCAACUCAGACAGCUGCAGCAGGCCAACACCUGGCACUGUCCUCUGCCUCUGGUCAUCUUGGUGCCGGGGCCUGGCAGCGGCACCGCUGACACGCAGAAACUUGAAGAAGCCUUGAUGCUGCACACACUGAUGAAGGAAGGCCUCAUAUCAGCGUACGCAUUCGUCUUCAUACCAGAAAUCACAAGUGACAUGCAGGGGUCCAAACAGCUGAGCCAGGCUUUGUGUUGGCUUUUGGCCCAGGCUCCACCACCCUUCCCACUCACGUGCCAAACCCUGGUGCAGCUUAUCGAAGCAGGAUUGAGUCGCGAGUUCAAUCCUCGAGUCUAUGCCAAUCGCCAGGAACGAGCCGGUGCACACCUGCCAUCCCAGGACCCAGCACCUGUCAUCCAGCUGUACAAUGCAGUCCUGGAUCAUAUUGCUAACAACGUUGCCUCCCAGGAUCUCUGCGGACUUUCCUGGCCCCCGGGUGAAUUCUCCCACCCUCAUAGUCAUGAUUUUGUCCCUCAUCUGGCCUGGAACUCUGCUCAGCAUCUGGCCUGGCUUCGUGAAGCCAUCCUCAGCCUGCAGCUGCCAGAGUGGGAGCAGCUAUCUACAACAGACUCGUGGGCAGAUCUCUGCUCCUCUAUCUUUUGUUACGCUGCUCGAAUCCCUGCAACGCAUUACAGUCAGCCUCUCCUAUUGUCACGGCUAGACAACCUUUUGGAAAAGGUCAAACUUAAGGUCCGGUUUAACCGAACUCCGGGAUCCAAAAGGACCACUAGAAAAAGUGGAAUUGGAGUGCAAAAUGAACAUGCGGCCUACAGUCAGAUUCCCUGGGAUGAUGUGCUUGUGAUCUGCAUAGACCACAAGCUGAAAGACUGGCAGAUACCAAGACAACCUGUAUGUGAAGAUGCUGUGACGGAGGAUGGAGAGAUCUUGGUUUACUUCCCCACUGACUCACUGAAGGGUUUCCAACCACCUGAAGAGUGGACUGAGGCUGUUAGACAGACGCACAAAGAGAAGCAGCAACAGAACGAUGGGUUAAGCACAACUGCCUGUGCUCCUUCUGACAAUUUCUCUGUCAGACAAAAGUUGUUCCCCAGUCGAGUGGAGCCUGUUACGGCACCAAAAGCCCCACUAGACAUCACACACACUCCCACAGCACAAGAGCUGCUGGCCCACAAAGUCCUCCAGAGCAUAGAGGAGGAGAAAGCUGAAAGUCAGAGGAGCAUGGAAAAGCUUCAACAUUGGCUGGAUGGUGAACCGUUGGAGCACUUGUCCAUACCACUCUUCAUUCCAUCCUCCACACUGCUCUCCAUGCCCACAACCAUCAAGUGCUUAGCCACAGACAAGACUCAAGAAGCUGCUUCCACAGAGAAGGCAGGGCCUGAAGAGCUGUCGGACAGAGCAGUUUGGCCCAAGGUUGCUCCUGUGUCAAUGGCACUGCGGCUCAAGGAUCUGCAGCGACGGAUACUGGCAGACCAAGAGGAAGAGCUAGCCUACAGAAUGAAGCUGAGUGGUCUGCUGAGUAUUGUGGAUGACUGACAAUCUGCUUACUGGGCAUAUUUUUUUAAUUUUUGAUCCUUUGAAAUAAACGUACAAACCUCUCUCAUCUGAGACAUCUUCAACUGCGUUAUAAUCAAAUUUUUGUGUUUGGUUUAGUUUUACACUGACUUUGGACGCAAGACUUUAGAUUAAGUGUAAUAACUUAUAUAUAGUUUAGUUUUUAUUUUAUUUUUUAACUUGAAUAUAGCCUGUUUCUCAGUGUGUUGAAUGAUAACCAAAUUAUCUUGUUUUUGAUUUUAAUUGGUUUGAAAUAUAUUUGUUAAAUUAGAUAGUUUGAAUUAUGGCUUAAUUUUUAUCAUAUCUUGUCUUUGUUC